AUGACAAGUCCAGCUGCGAUGCUAAUCUACAGAGGGACGUGGGUUGCAUUCGAACGUCUGGCGUCAUUGGAAGAAUUUGUUGUGCUGUGCACUGUGCCUGCACGUUCAAAACGGGCACUCAUCGUUCACCUCGAGCGGCGCAAUAUCGAUGCGUACAUCUAUACUUGGACGCAUCCGAUGUCCUCUGUCAGACGUGCGCCUGCAUUUCCGCGAUCCGUGCCCAUGCACCAAUUGCCGCAGGGAAGUCGAAGAUUGGAGGAAGAUACGUGA